AUGGAGUCUUCCCUAAACAAACACAUUGCUAAGAAGCACCCUGAUGAAUCAUCUAAGGAAAACUUAAGAGAAAGUCGAAUCUCGUGCCCUAACUGCUCUGAGAAAUUUAUAACAUUGACUAGUUUGAUCCAUCAUCUGGAGAAGUCCCACAAUGAGAAAGUUCCAAUCAAUAAACUCUCAUUUGAAUCUAUGAAAGAGUUUUAUCUGUGGAAAAAGCAAGAAGAGCAGUCAUCUGAUUCACUUUAUGUCCAAGAUAGUGGUUGCCGUCUUCAAGGAUUGAAUUGCAAACGAUACUAUUAUUGCCAUCGCUCUGGAGUCUUUAAAGCCAAGGGAAAAGGCCUUAGAGUUCUUAAAAUCCAAGGUUCCUGUAAAAUAAACCAGUUCUGUACAGCAAACAUGCAGGUGUCAGAGGAUACAGUAACUGGAAAAGUGACGGUGACACAUUGCAGUCAACAUAUUGGACACACUUUGGAUAUGUCAUCUUAA